AUGGGAGCGGGCUCGAGUCAACCCGCGCAUCAGCAGCAUCGUCGGUCGCAGCCAGCCAGGCCGCCGCAGUACUACCCGCCCGUACCCUACUCCGUCCCCGCAGGCGCCGUUCCGCAAGCCCCGUACGGCCAUGCGCCGUAUCCCUACGGAUACGCGUACCACCCGCAGGCCGGCGGCGGAGUGUCUCCCUCUUCGUGGCAGCACAACCCGCACUAUCCGCAUCCUCCGCCCGCCGCGCCGUGGUACGGCGGAUAUCCCGGGCACGCGCCACCGCCAUACCAGGUCCCGGUUCCGCCGAUGAUGCCGGCGCCGCCUCCGCCGGUGGUAGCGGAGCCGCAGCAAGCGGUGACGAUAAGGAACGAGGUGAACGUGAAGCGCAGCUCGCUGCGACUGCUGCGCGACCCCGCAGAUCCCAGCAAGCACCUUGUCGCCUUCACCUUCGAUGCCACCACCAGCGGCAGUGUGAGCGUGUUCUUCGCGGCGCAGGAGGGCGAGGGGUGCAGCCUCAGGGGGGUGUAUCCGCACGUGCACACGCCAAAGGUCGUGCGAUUCGCCAAGGGUCUCGGUCAGAAGUUCGUGCAGCCGUCAGGCACGGGCGUCGACCUCUCGGUUAUCCCAGAAGAGCAUCUCUUUAGGGUUUCAAGCCCCAGCCCCGUGUAUCCGCUCGUUAUUCGCACCCGCGUCGAGCCCAGAAGCUCGAAAUCCGCGACAGUAGCAUCGCCGAAUAGUAGCGCUAGCAGCGGUGUCAGUAACGUUCAGUCCAGCGCGCCCGCGAGCGCGUCGUCGUCAGAGCCGUGUUCUGUCGGCAGCCAUGGCGUAGAAUCGUGCGACUCGGAUCCAGGCGCUCCGCUGCCCCCGUCGGUGCAGUCUCAGAUGACCUACGCUGUGCUCGAGAAGGCCGCUGUAGCGCGUACGGAGAAAGAGGGUGAAGGGGAGACGGCGGAGGGCGAUAAGGGGAAGGGCACAGGGGAGCUGCCCGGGCUAUUCGUGGUGCGGCCGGUGAAGCAGAAGAUCUGGGUGGACGGCACCAGCUACGAGGUGCAGGAGAUCUACGGCAUCGAGCAGUGCGGGCGGGCCAACCCGGGCAGGAGCAAAAAGGGCGAGGCAGAGGGAGCGGGGGGUCAGGGGUCGGCAUUGAGCGACGAGGAGGAGGAGGAGGAGGACGAGGUGGCGGGCAAGGAGUGUGUGAUCUGCAUGUCCGCGCCCAGAGACACCACCGUGCUGCCCUGCCGCCACAUGUGCAUGUGUGCGGACUGUGCCAAGGUGCUGCGGUACCAGACCAACAAGUGCCCCAUCUGCCGCCAGCCCGUGCAAUCAUUGCUCGAAAUCCGAGUGCCGCCCAGGCUACCCUCGCUGGACGGGCCCGAGCCGACCUCCCCUGAGGCGCAGGGAGAAGCAGCGGCGGAGAGGCAGGGGCAUGCAGAGGCAUGUGCAGGGCCUCCACUGGCAGGGUCGGACCGCCGUGCCGAUCCUAGGUCUGCAGCGGCUCAUGCGGGCAGUGGUGCUGCUGAGGAAGGUGGUUCCCGGGGGCAUGGUGAGGCGAGCAGAGGUGUGGAUUCAGCUGCAGGGAGGAGCGCAGUCCUACCGUUCGCGCCGGGAGCAGCGGCGCAGGGCAGGCCAGAUGCCGUGGCGAAGCUACCCGGUCAGCCGGCAAGCGCGCCCAAGUUCAACCAGUCAGCCGGCUACAUAACGGUGGACGGGCGGAAGGCGUACUUCUACUGGCUCGUGGAGGCCAUCGGGCAGCCCGACUCGAAGCCGCUGCUGCUCUGGCUCAACGGCGGUCCGGGGUGUUCAUCCGUGGGGUGCGGGCUGUUCGAGGAGGUGGGGCCGUGGCGCGUGGCGUCCAAGGCGGGCGCCGCGCUGCUCUACAACAAAUACGCCUGGAACCGACUGGUGAACAUAGUAUUCCUCGAGUCGCCCGUGGGCGUGGGAUACUCCUAUUCCAAUGACACGUCAGACUACACCACCGACGACGAACAGACAGCGAAGGACAACCACGCGUUCCUGGUGGGGUUCGUGGCGCGGCACCCGCGGUACGCGGGGAGAGAGUUCUACAUCGCAGGGGAGAGCUACGCGGGCCACUACAUUCCGCAGCUCGCCGCCCGCAUCAUCGAGCAGAAUCAGAUCCAGGGCGGCACGCGGCUGAACUUGGACUUCUCGGGGAUUUUCCUGGGCAACCCGUUUGUGAACUAUGCUCAUGACACCAAGGGGCCCAUCCAGUUCUUCUACGACCACGGCAUGCUCAGCACCGACCUCUACAACCACGCCAUCAACUGCGACUUCACAUACGGCGCCCCCAACCUGGAGUGCCGCUACCACAUCAACUCCGCCUUCUCGCCCUGGUACGAGCCCAUCGACCCCUAUAACAUCUACGCGCCCUACUGCCUGGCGGACAUCGCAUCGGCGCGCCUGUCCGCCUCGGCACGAAUGAACCCGCGCCUGCGCUACUCCAUCGCCGCGCUGCAGGCCGCCAUACAGCAGCAGCAGCAGGCAGCGCAAGCACAGGCGGCCGCAGGGAUCGGGGAGUUGGCGGCGCCGAGGGGUGCGGGGAGCAGUGGCAAGGCGAUGGAUCCGCUGGACAGCCCGGCGUGCAUGGACGCGUGGGUGCAGCGCUACCUGCGCUCGCCCGCCGUCUACAGGACCCUCCGUGCGCCCGCUGUCCGCGCCUCCCAGUGGAGCCUCUGCUCCAACGGCAUAGACUACAGCGCGGCCAACCAGGGCAGCGACAUCAUUCCCACCAUCGCGGCGCUGCUGGACCAGCCCAUCCGCUUCUGGAUCUUCGCGGGUGAUGCGGACAGUGUGGUACCGUUCACGGGCACGCGCGUGUGGAUAGAGGCGCUGGGGCUGCCAGUGCUGCAGCCGCACUACCCCUGGCUCAUGCCCUCGGGCCAGGUGGGCGGGUGGGCGACGAGGUACGACAAGCUGACAUGGGUGACGGUGAGGGGGGCGGGCCACCAGGUGCCAACAGGCAAGCCCGAGGAGGCGUUUGUGCUCUUCCAGUCCUUCCUCCUCGCGCAGGACCCCCCCAGCACUGCUCAGUGGUGA